AUGCGGCUGUUUGUCACGAUCACUAUUGAUGAUCCCUUAAAGUUGAACUCACUGUCGUUCGACAGCUUUACAGAGAUAGCCAGACUGUUACAAAUGGCUGAAGAGGAUAACGAAGUGGUUGCCACAGUCCUCCAAAGUACAGGUGAGUUUUUUUCUGCUGGAGGAAAGUUCGAGUCAAUCAAAGAUAUAGACAAGACGGGGGUCCGGGAAAGGGAGGAUCGUUUGAGAGCAGAGAUCGCCGCUAUGAAUGUUUAUGUGGCCGACGUCUUUGCACACCAUACUAAGCUACUUGUUUGCUGCUUAAAUGGACCUGCCAUUGGCUUAGCUGCCUCGCUAGUCCUGCUGUGUGAUAUGGUUUAUGCUAUGAAUGAAUCGGUUUAUGUACUCCUUCCGUUUACUUCGUUGGGAUUUGUAGCAGAGCUGGGGUGCUCUGUGACUGUGCCCUCAAAAUUGGGUGUGAAUCGAGCCAACGAGCAUUUCUUCUUCAGCACUAGAAUCGGCUAUGAUGAAAUGAUUCAGUCCCGCAUGAUUUCACAGAAUUUCAACCUUCCCAAGGGUUCCACUAAAGAAUUCAAUCAUCGAGUGCAUGAAUUGCUGGACCAAUCGCUCAAGGGCAACAAUAGACAGGCGAUGCUCAACAUCAAGCGGUUGCUGAAUAGCGGCGAUGCGCUAAUCAAGGCGCAAAGUCGUGAAACGAAUACUACGUUGCCCUUCUGGUUGAAAGGUGAGCCUUUCAAAAGAUUUGAGCAGCUUCAAUCCAAACAGAGGAAACAUCGGUUGUAA